CGCACUAUUCCCCAUUUCCAGCCAAAAGUAAUUAAGCCACAGGCGCUAUAUACCUAUCUAUAGCUAGCUAGUCUUCUGAAUCUUGUUUGAUCGGGAAGCAGAACCAAUCAUGGCUGCCCCGGGAGUGCUGAAGUUGGCCUGCGUGGUGGUCGUGUGCGCGGCCGUGGUGGCGCCGUGUGCGGAAGCUGCCAUGUCGUGCGGGGACGUUACGCAGCGGCUGGCCCCCUGCUUGACGUUCCUGCAGAAAGGUGGCGCGGUGCAGCCCAGCUGCUGUGGCGGGAUCAGGACCUUGCUCAGCGCCGCGAAGACAACAGGGGACCGCCAGACGGCCUGCAAGUGCAUGAAAUCAACCGCCAUGAACAUCCCCAGCAUCAAGCUCAACUUCGCCGCUCAGCUCCCCGGCAAAUGCGGCGUCAACAUUCCUUACCCCAUCAGCCCCUCCACCGACUGCUCCAAAGUGAAACAAAGAUGAUGGACGAUAGAUCGAGCGGUUUCACGACAGAGGAAAUAGUUUCCGUGAGAAUAAGACGAAAGUAUGACGUUGAGUCCGGACUGGUUCCCCAUCGACGACUGUGACUGUUCUUCUUCUUCUUCUUCUUCUUUUAGGUAUUGUGUUUAUGUACUCCUCUGCUGGUCGACCUUCUAUAUAUAUAUAUAUAUAUUUUACCGCUGUUAUGUCUGCAA